AUGUCUGGAAGCGCAGGCUACGACAGACACAUCACUAUCUUCUCAGAUCAAGGCCGUCUCUAUCAAGUUGAAUAUGCAUUCAAAGCUAUCACCGCCGCAAACAUCACCUCGAUAGGUGUGAGGGGGAAGAAUUGCGCCGUCGUGCUGUCUCAGAAGAAAGUUGCCGAUAAAUUGAUCGACCCAUCAUCUGUUACGCAUAUCUUCAGACUUUCCCCCUCGGUGGGCUGCGUCAUGACGGGCUCCAUCGCUGAUGCCAGAGCUUGCGUCGACCGUGCCCGCGGUGAGGCCGCUGAGUUCCGAUACAAGUACGGCUACGAGAUGCCAUGCGAUGUUCUUGCCAAGCGUUUGGCCAAUAUCAACCAGGUCUACACACAAAGGGCUUACAUGCGCCCGCUCGGAGUUGCCAUUACCCUAGUAUCUGUGGACUCCGAGAAUGGCCCACAACUUUACAAGUGCGACCCUGCCGGUUACUACGUUGGAUACAAAGCCACUGCCUCUGGCCCGAAGCAGCAGGAGGCGCUAAACCACUUGGAGAAGAAGCUAAAGAACAAGGAUUACGCAGAGGGCAGCUGGGAGGAAGUUGUCGAGCUGGGAAUCACCGCAUUGAGUAGCGUUCUGAGCGUGGACUUUAAGAAGCACGAAUUGGAGAUCGGUGUUGUCGGUGGCCCCCGAGCAGAUGGUCAGGAUGGCACAGAUCCUCACUUCCGCGCGCUGACGGAGGAGGAGAUCGACGAGCGGCUACAGGCUAUUAGCGAGAAGGACUAG